ACCAUAUUUAUGCUAUCCAACAAGGUAAGAGCCAGGAAUCAGCUGAGUGAUCUUUUGGUAUAUUGAGCUCUCAUGUUCAGCCCAAUGGAUGGGCAGAGUGAAGCCAGUACCUCAACUCCCAGAGAGGGGGAUAAAGCAACCAAGGGUGUUGCUGAAAAAGGAAAUGAUACAGAAGAGUGUAUUCAGGAGGAGCAGGAAGCAGAUGAUGUGAAUUCUUCAUCAUGGUGGGGAGCAUGGGGUGGGAUAGUUGAAGCUACAAAAAGCACUCUGAGCAAAUCAACUGAAAUAUAUGACAUCAUGAAGAAGGAUAUUGGUGAACUUUCAUCAGCUGUUACCACGGAAUCCAAGAAGAUUGUUGAUGCAACAACCACCAAGAUUCGUGAUCAUCUGCGAGUAAGGAAUCUUGACGAUUUCCAUCAUUGGUGCAUCUAA